GGAGGUGGAGGAGGGAAGAGACGCACCCGGGCCGAACCCCGUCCGCACCCACAGGAGAAGAUGUCCGAGCCCAACAAGUACCGGGAGUGGAUCCUAGAAACUAUCGACUCUCUCCGUUCGAGGAAAGCCCGUCCGGACCUGGAGAGGAUUUGUCGAAUGGUCCGGAGGCGACACGGGUCAGACCCGGACCGAACCAGGACGGAGCUGGAGAAACUCAUCCAAGAGCAGACGGUGCUCAAAGUUAGCUACAAGGGGUCCAUCUCGUACCGGAACGCGGCCAAGGUGCAGAGGAAAAGCAGAAAGAAGAGUGAGUUCGCGGCCGCUGGCGGCGCGGAUGCGCCGAGGGAGGGAACCGAACAUCCGAACAACAACGGCGACAGCUUCACCGAGCAGGAGGAGGACUCGGAGCCCAGCCCAGGUCUGAGCGCGCACACAUCAGCCUGCAGCCCCGGCGAGAGGCUGAAGCCGAAGCCCGCCUGCAGCCCGAGCAGCGCGUGCCUCGGCUGUGGCGCAACAACGAGCUGCGCGGUGGGGAGCGGCUGCGUGCAGGAGGAGAAAGCAAGUGCGCGGAGCGACGAGGGAUUAGGACAGCAGGGAGAGGGGGGCUGCCCGGAGCGCGGCGCGCACAGCACGAGAGCACCGAGCGGAGCCCGUGAACAGCCCGACUUGUCCGGAGCUGAGAAGAAAACUUCCUCUGGGAGCGGCAGCCCCCCCCAGCCCCCGGCGCAGAUGGAGACGGUCUCUGUCAAGCCCAAACUUCGCGUGGCGGGAGGAGGCGGCCGCGCCAACUCAGACCUGGGGGACAGACUGGUGGCUUCUGUUCGCAGCCUGUCCGAGAGGAGCCUCCGGGGGGGCGCCUCCUCCUCCUCCUCCGCCGCCUCCAAAGGCCACAUGAAGCCGCUGGGCUUGAAGGAGAUCCUGGGCAGCCAGGAGGAGACGCUGACCCGAGGCAAAGUCAAGGUGGUCAUGGAGAGGGAGGUGUCGAGGGGCAGGCUGCGCAGGACGCGCUGCGGGAACAUCACUCUCCCGCUGAGGGGGGAGGCGCGGGAGGAGACCGCGCCGGCACCUCCGUGCGCUGACAGACUUGCGGACAGCGCACUGCAGGACGAGGCGGCGGGAAAGCCUCCUUCGCCGCCGCUCGGGGAGAGCGAGCCAAUGGACGCUGCCAGCGAGGAAGAGGAAGAAGAUGAUCCCCGCAGUUCUGAUCAGGAAGGACUACCCACUGUCGCCAUGACAACCGAACCAGGGCACGUUGAGAAAACGCCCGAAGAUGCUGUGAUCCUGGGAUCGUGGAAGGAGGAGGGUCCCCAGCAGCUGGUGGAGGAUGAUGAAGUUGCUGGCUCCUCGGAGACGUCGGUGCUGGAUUUUCUCCCAGAAUCUCGGUCUCCACCUGCUGAGGGAGCCGCUCUGUCGCAGCUUAACGGUGCACACGUGGACAAGAAAGUGACUGCCUCUGAUCACUUACAUCUAGAAGCACUAAGUCCCGCGCAGCACGACGGCACAAACCACACGUCCUCAAGCCUCAACAGCUUGCAGUGUAAGACAGAGGUCGGUGUGUCUUCCUGCAUGCUUACGCCCACCGCGUCCCCGAGGGACUCGGGCGUGUUUGAAGAGCAAGGUAUUGACGGCAGUGGAGGACUUCUGAAGUCCGAAGGCAUCAGAGGGAGCCCAGUGGACUGGACCGUGUCUGACGUGGUCCGUUAUUUCACAGCUGCAGGUUUUCCUGAGCAGGCGACGGCCUUCAGGCUGCAGGAAAUCGAUGGGAAGUCUCUCCUCCUCAUGCAGCGCAACGACGUUUUGACCGGCCUGUCUAUCAAACUUGGCCCCGCCCUCAAGAUCUACGAGCGUCACGUAAAGGUUCUGCAGAAAACACACUUCGAGGACGAUGACUGCUAACAGCAACGCAGAAAACACAUUCAGACUGUUACGUUUAUAUUUAUAUUCAGCUCAAUAUG